AUGCAAAAUCAAGGCAAUGCCCAGCAAGCGGGCUACAACAACGGUCAGACGAACGCAAACGCUAACAACGGCCAAGCAACAAACAAUAACGCUCAAGCCAACAACGGACAGGCGACAAACAACGCCCAAGCAAACAACGGCUACAACAACGGGCAGGCGAACAAUGGCUACAACAAUGGCCAAGCGGCAGCAAACAAUGGCUAUAACAACGGCCAGGCGGCGGCCAACACCGGUCAAGCUGCAGCGAACAAUAAUCAAGCUGCGGCCAACAACGGCCAGGCUGCGGCAAAUAAUGGACAAGCUACAGCGAACAACAACCAAGCUGCGGCUAACAACGGACAGGCGGCAGCCAACGCCGGUCAAGCAACCAAUAACGCUCAAGCAGCGGCAGCCAACAAUGGGGCUCAGACUGGUAAUGCCCAGGCUGGCAACGCCGCACAACCUGCCGCUGCUGUCCCUGCUGCCGCAGCAGCUGCAGCCCCUGCCGUCGCUGUACCUGCCGCUGCCGCCGCUGCAUCUGCUGCCGCUACUUCCAGCCCAGUAGCCUCGCAGUCGCCGCAGGCCACUCAAGGCGUACCCUCUGUCGCGAUACAACAGUCAGACGCGACUUCGAAUGGCGGUGUAAUUGGCUCGGGCUCGCACACCGUGCCUAUCGCCGCCGUCGUCGCUGCCGGUAUCGUCGUUCUCAUUCUCGCCAUCGUAGCCGCCUACCGCACUUACCGCUGGGUCUUCCGAAGACGCCAGAGUCGACGCCAGCGCCUUGAGGAGGAGAACGGCGGCCUAUCACCCGAGGAAGAGAAGAAGCGCGGGGACGAGCGCAAGAGACGGACGUUCAUGAGCCAGUAUUAUGGCGCUUUGCCCGGUCGUCCCGGACCGAAUGGACUCGCUGUCCUCAGUACACUCCAGACAGAAGCUCAUUCUACGACUAUGCUCAUCGAUCCUGCCAAUGAUCCGAGCAAGAGCCCUGUACAUUCGAGAUCGAACAGCUUUGCCUACGAGUCGAACUCAUCUGUCAAUCUGCACGAUGGCGCAUCUGAUUCCGAAUCGCGAUCCGGAUCACGCGAACGGUCCCAGGAGCGUGGCCGACCGCUCACGAUGACGACGGACAUGCUCAGAAAGGGAGGCUCACGCGCAUCUCUCGCGGUCCACCAGAUGCCGUCCAGUCGAUCUUCGGCUCAGCUGCCGUCCCGCGAGUCUUUCAGCUACGGCAACCUCUACGAUGCACGUCGCGGUACGCAGACUUCUCUUUAUGCAGCUUCAGUGCACAGCAAUACGCCUUCAUCUAUCUAUGGCGGCCUUUCCGGCAUGUCACACAGCAACCUGGCCGGUGUCACGCAGCCUCGUCGCGUCACUGGCGCACCUCACGCACCCCACAAUCGUAUCGAAAUAGUACCACCCCAGCCACUUGCACAGAACAGCAAUCUCAUCGUCUUGUCGCCAGUCGAAAUACAAGCACCGACAUUCUACACGCCCGAGCGACCUGUGAGCGACGAUACGGAAGAACUUGCCGGAUCGACUGAGGAUGGCAAACAGAACCAGCCCGAAUGGUUCAUCGCUGCGCAGAAAGAGAUCAAGCAGGCUGAAGAAGCACGCAAGGCAGCAGAAUCGGCGCAGAAGCAACUCGAUCAAUCGUUACCCUCUGCUUCACGGUCUCGACAGACCGCAAUCGACUCCACCGCAUUCAAAGUUGCAAGUGAUCGUACCCGUCAGUCGAGCAAAGACGGUCUCAUGCUGCCACCGCCAUCAAAACCCAUCAAGCCUUCCAGCUCGGAAUCAUCAUUGCGUGUCAAGUCUGCUUCAGAGAUGUACAAGAUCAAAGCGCGAAAGUCUCAGGAGGAUCUCAUCCUCAAAGCAAAAGGCGACAGCGUCAUUCGCGUCAGCACGGGCACCGAGGUCAAGUCUGUCAAUGCGCCGCGCUCGCCUCUCGAGCAGCUUGCACUCCAGUUGGCCGGUGCUAGCGAGGGGAAGAAGCAGAAAGACACGAUAUCGAAGGCCAAAAGAGAUGCUGUCGAGGAGUACCGGAGACGCAACGGAUGA